AAUCAUUUUGGAUGGGACUUAGUUUUUUUUUUUAAUUUUAGCAAGACUGCAAACACAUAUAAAUGUCCUGCUUUUCAUACAAGCUCCAUCUGGAUCUGAUCUCCUCGCUGUAGCUGGAUAAGAGAACGCACAGCUCUUGCAAAAAUGAAUCUGAAAUUGACGGUUGCUUCCAUCCUGCUGCUACUCCUCUGCUCAGAGGUUCUCAGCUACAGUGUGCAGAAGAGGAAUGCUGAGGAUAAAACCGUGCUCAGCCAAAUUCAGGAUGCGGCACGGGGGUAUUACGAUUACAUCUCUGAUGUGACUAAUUCCUGGGUAGAAAAAGUCAAAUCCUAUGACAUCAGCCAGCGACUUUGGAGCAACUAUAAAAACCUCGUCGAAACUGUGAACACCUAUCAAAGCAUCCUCACUGAUCAAGUUGAACAUUGGUGGCAGGACUAAGGAGCCCUGCCGUGUAACCCUCCCUGCACCGUGUCCCAAAAUCUUUGUGCCUCAGUUUCCCCAGCAAGUCCCGGUCCGGCUUUCCAUAUUUUUUUGGGGGGGGUGUACAAGCGAUGUCCUUCUGUUUAGCAUGUGAAUAAAGUUCCUUUCCUAGUAAGGCCUCCGCA